GAUCCUCGCCAUGUGUUUGGGACCACAGGUACACGGAGCCGAAGAUGCGCGUGACGUGAGGAGGGCGAAGGGGUUUUUGGCGCCAUCGGCCACCCUCACCAAUCUGGGGUGAAACUGGGCGAGGCCACACAGGCCAGCGACUUCACGAAACGGCAACAUUCAGUAUUUAAUAAUAUCUCGUAUUUAUUGCAAGCAUUGCUAUGUGCGCUGUUGAGCUGGACGCUCCGAUAAGAAGUGCCGAGACGAAAUGACCGCACGCGUUACCAGUCUCAAGGACUAUCCAGCGUGCCUAUGCAACAACCUGACGUAUUUCUGCAUAUGGCUAGCGGAUUGCGUCAUCAAGGGCGGAAACUGGUUCACCUUCAUAUCUGCAUACUCGGUUAUCGCGCAGCUGCGGCCGAAUGAUGCCGCCACGCACACGGCGCUGUUCCUCAUCUGCCGCCGCGUGCCGUACCUGCUUCUGUUCCCCGUGACGGGCCUGGCAGCGGACCGGCUGAACCGUGGGGCGCUGCUGGUGGCCGUAUGUCUGGUGGAGGGCGCGGUCAGCUUCACUUUGCCGCUGGUGCAGCAGCAGCAGAACAUAUGGCUGCUGUACCCGCUCAUAUUCUGCCAGUACUGCGCCCAGGCCUUCUACGACCCGGCGCGCACCGCCACGCUGCCCAGUGUGGUGCCGCGGCCGCUGCUGCACGUGGCGGGCACACUGGACUUCCUGGGGUACAGCCUCAUGGCGCUCACAGCCGCAUCGGCGGCGGGCCGCACCGCUGCGGUGUACGGUCCAAUCUUGUGCUUCCGGGUGGAGGGCGUGGCGUUCGGCCUGGCGGCGCUGCUGCUCAUGCGGCUGGCGCUGCAUGGGGCCGGGACAAAGAAGCCAGGGGGGCGGCAACACCCGCGCAGUAGAGCGGUCAACAGCAGUGGAGCAGGGCCAGGGGGUAGCACCGGGAGCAAGGGCGCCGGCAGCUGGGACGCCGAGCCGCCGCCCGAGCUACAGCCGCUGCUGGAGGAGGGGGAGGCGGACGUGGAGAUAUUGGGGCUGGCAGCGGGGCGCCGGGUGGAGUCGGCGUCGCUAGGGCUGCUGGAGGAGGUGGAGGAGCCGGCCGGCUGCGGUGGCUGCGGCGCGCUCGCGUACCUGUCGCAGCGACAGAACUGGGACGUGGCCAUGACGGUGUGGGUCAAGGCCACAGGCGCCAUGGUGUGGGGCGCCGCAGACGUGCUGAACGGAAGGUUCUCGGCCCAGAGCUGCAUGCAGUCGCUGGGCGGACCCGACCAGACUCUGGGCUUCAUCCUAGCGGCGGUGGGCGUGGGCUGCGUGGUGGGGCCGCUUUUCGUCAACUCCAUCACGCCGGGCGUGGCGCGCUGCUGGCGCAUCUCGAUCGCCGCGGCUUUUGGGCUACUGGCGGCGGGUUACGCGGUCAUGGCGGCUGCCAGCAGCAUAAUGUGGAUCCUACCAGCAAGCUCGAUCCGUACGGCAGGCAGCACCAUCAUCUACAUCCACUCCUUCGCCAUCCUGCAGCACCGCCUGCACGAGGGCAUCCGGGGCCGUGUGUUUGCGGUGGAGUUCGUGCUGUUCACCAUCUCGGAAGCUAGCUCCUCACUGGCGGCGGGCUGGGCGCUGGACGGACUGGGGUGGAGCACGCACCGACUCAGCGCCACGAUUGCGUGCGUGGCAACGGGCUUCAUGGCGAUGUGGGGGUUGCAGGCCUGGCUAAUGUGGGGCUGGAACAGCGGCGCGGCGGACGAACACUCCGAACACAGUGCGAGUCACCGCCCGCACCAACGUGAUGAAGGACACGGCGGAGGCGCGGCCGUUGCCAAGCCACCAGAGUCGGCAGGCGGUGGUGGUGACGAGCACUUGCCACAGGGGCAGGAGGUGUCGCGUGCAUGAGCGAGUUCAUGUGGCCCGCUCACCUACCGUUCAGCUCCUUGCCUACAGCCAUAGCAUGCAGUUCUGGACGUCGCAGGUAGCUAGGUUGAGGACAUGCUUGGGGUGUGGGAGUGAUUACAGGGCCAUGAAACCAGCGAACGUGACAAUCAGUGCAUUUCGUGUGUGCGUUUUGCGAGCCUGAGCCUGAGCGCUGAGUGAUUCAACUUAUGCACCUGCAAGUUUCAUACCAAUGUGCGCUAAAGAGGAGGCAUAUCCGUGUGUGUGCGUGUGCCCGUGUUGUUAUGGUAGGGCACCAGGAGGUGGUGCGGACAAGUCAUGACAUGCACUGCCCGCCUUCUUCUGAUGCUCAAGCUCAGGUCGGCCGCCGGCGCUGUACUGGGAGCACCAGCAGCAGCAGCAGCAGCAGCAGCAGCAGGGGGUCGGGUGAUGGUGUGUUACGCGGUGUAUAGAGGUGGCAUCCUGUAUGUUUAACUGGGCGCUCCAUUGCGAACGCUUUAAUCGAGUUGUCGAGCAGGUUCGCUGUUGUGGCGUGAGAGCCGCCUCACCGCGCCGGUUAGCGCACGUGCUUGAGUGCUGUGACGCAGUAGGGUGACAUGCAGUGUUCGAAUGGGGCGGCUGCGACAUCUCAAAAGCGGGCCUGGCAAAGCCAGGUGCUAGAGACUUGCUGAGUGAGCACGGGAGUGAUGGGGCGCCAUCAAGCCACUUGUACAUUAUGCGAUGGGCGGAGAUACCGUAUGGGGCGUGCACUUCCGCAUGUACGGCAUCACGGCAUGAGGGCUAAGUCAGCAGCCGGCACCGAUCCUACUAAUGGAACAGCAGCUGCGUAAUCCAAAAGCGAGUCUGGCAAUAGAGCCCCGGACUUGACGAGGAGUGAGCAGGGGAGUAAGCGGGAUGCAUGAAGGCCUCGGGACCGUGGCGUGGCGCAGAUGGGCGCACCUUCGUCAGCUUAAGGAGUUGUCUGAAC